CAUUAUCAAACCAAAACGUCCUACUUAAUUUGAUUUGUGUGUUUGUAGAAAGGACGGGAUGUGUGAUGACAGAAAAAGGUUUCCAUGCAUUUUAUGCAAAAAAAAGACAAAACCGAAGGACAGAAAGAAAUGUGAAAGUGAAAUUCCUGAGAAAGACAUUCAUGGUGGAUACCAAAUCACAUGAUAUUCUGUGCAAUAAAUGCAGACACCACUACUACAAGGACAAAGAAAAGUCUAUCAGUCUUCCAAAACCUGUAACUGGUCCACCUGGCAAUUGAACAUGUUUGAGUCCACCAUCUGUUACCCUAUUGCUUCUAAGGACUCCCUUUUCACACGCCUACUGUUUCAUUUGCAAACGACCUGGACCAAAACUUAUUGUUGUACCGGUAUUACAGCAAGGCUCUCUGGAUUUAUUCACAAGGAAGUGAUUAUUCCCCUUGGUAGUAGGUGUUGUCCAUCACAUAUUAAAAAUGAUGACUUCAUCCCAGGAGCACUGGACAAUCUAGAGACAAUGGACACAUCAUAUCUGAAUAGAAGCACCAUACUAGAUCUAAUAAGAAAAGUUAGGACAUAUGCACUUCAGAAUUCGUCAUUAAGGUUCACAUUUGAUCCUACAAAUCUCAUUAACCUGGAUUACAUCACACUUACUGGACUCUCUAAAGACAGUGUUCCAGACCUUCACAAAGAAAUAUAACCUGAAAUCAGAAACACACCAACCAGAACAUCAACAAUGUAUCUUGGAAUUUUUCUUCUUAAAAUGAGAUCAGGAAUGUCCAACCAGUUGAUAUCAACAAUAUUUGGAAUUUCGAAGUCAUCUAUACGGAGAGCUGUUUCUACUGUCAUAUCUGCUCUGAUGAAGAACUUUGUUCCCCAGAACAUAGGACUACAACAUAUAUCUCGACAGGAAGUAAUAGAAAACCAUACUAGACCACUGGCCCAGUCUCUCUUCGGAAAUGCUGCACAAAACCAAGCUAUUGCAGUUCUGGAUGGAACCUACAUUUUCAUUCAGAAAAGCAAUAACUUCCAUUUCCAUAGACGUACCUACAGUCUUCAUAAAGGUCGUCCAUUGGUGAAGCCCAUGGUAGUUGUUUCCACCGAUGGAUACUUCUUAACUGUGGUGGGUCCCUACCUGGCAGAUUACCGCAACAAUGAUGCUGCCAUCUUCAAUCACAUGCUUCGCUCCAACAUAGAAGAUAUCAAAAACUGGUUUCAGGAAGAUGACAUUUUUGUAGUCGAUAGGGGAUUUAGGGAUGCUCUAACUGUUCUGGAGGACUUUGGAAUUAAAGCUUUCAUGCCCCAUCUACUUGCCAAAGGGGAAAAACAGAUGCCUGCCCUUGAAGCCAAUGCUAGUCGCUUAGUAACAAAGAUUCGCUGGGUUGUUGAGGCUGCCAAUUCCAGGAUAAAGCGGUGGAAAUACCUUGGACAUACACUUCCAACAAACCAAGUGCCUUUCAUAGGAGACUACGUGCGCAUUGUGUGCGCAAUUUCCAAUGAGUAUUUAGCACCGCUUUCGACAGGAAAUGCAGAUGAUGAUGAGGCUCUUGCAACCAAAAUGCAAUACCUGGCGAAGAGAGUCAACAGUCUCCAGACAUUUGUGGAAGAAAACGCGCUGGACCGAAGGUCGUCCAACUGGGAAGUCGCUCCAGAUUCCUUGAAUUUCCCCAAACUUGACGAGGAAGAGUUAAGAAAUCUAACAUGUGACGUGUAUCAAGUAAGACUGUGUCCAAGUUAUAUGCAAGAGUACAUUGAAGGUGAUGCUGAUAUUUUGGUCCAUAAAGAACAUCCUGGAUUAAUUAGAGUGAAGCUGCAAAGAAGGCAUGUUACCUCAAAGAAAUAUCUUCUUUGGAUCCAAUAUUCAGAAUCCACCGUUAGUGCAUGGUACUGUAAAUGUAGUGCAGGGGCACGUGUGGUUGGGGUAUGCUCACACAUAGCGUCUGUUGUGUGGUACUUAGGAUUUGCAAGGCACAAUGGCGGGAGCUCUUCAGGUGUUCAAAACUGGGGUGAUUUUGUUAAAGAUGCUGCUAUCAUUGAUGUCCCUGACACUGAUGACAGUGAAGUAGAAGAAUGAAAGUUCUUAAUAACAGCGUUUCAUAUGGUAGGAGGGUACUAAAAUGUGUUAGACAUAUAAGUCAACUCCUAUUAGAACAUUUACUCUUUAUAUGAUAUGUUACAUGUAUUUGUAAACCCUCAUUUUUCAGUAUUUUUACAGCGCCUCAAAUGUUAGAACCUGGCAACUUGUUUUUUUUUUAAUCCAACCACCGACAUGUCAUUUUUUUGUUAUAGAUAAAACGUGCAUUUCUUCACAAUAUGUAAAAAUUAGGUGCUAUAUCAUAUUUCUUAUGAGUGAAUUCAUUUGAUAAAUAUUAUUCAUUUAUUGAUAAUUAGGUAUUUUGGUAUACACACAGAAUGAUCUAUAUUUCCGGAAAUAAUAAAUUCAUGUAGAACAAGUAUUAUCUGAUGAUGAGAUUACGUGUACGUUUUCCUUAGCUUUAUGUAAAAUAAAUUAUUAUUUUUCUAUGAUCGAACUAAAUGUUCAUGUGUUAUUC